CAAUAUGUAUGCAUGUACAAUUUUGAUGUAUAUUGUGGUAUGUGUACGCCACAAUGCAUCGGCAUUUUCGAUUAACAAUGCCAUAUCGAUGAAUACAAUCAACCUCCCAGCGGCGAUGAAGUCGGGUGGGGAUAGCUACAGAAUCUUCGGCUCGGAUAGGUUUAAUGCAGCUCGAGUGUACACCGAGCCGAUUGCCGGGGACAACGUUCUGGUCGGAUGGUCAGGCAGUAACAAUGUUGCAUACGUCCGCGGUCUCGUAGCUCAUGACGAUGGCAGUUACCCUGUAUUGCUUUGGGACGAGAAUUACAGUGAGCAGAUCAAUUCAAUUAGAGUCGACGGCGCAAUAUACACUAGGCUCGUCAGCUCCACUGGUGGCGUUGUGUGGAAUUCAUUGAUAAAUAUACCGAAUUCCAUGCCUAAUACAUUCAUUGUUGGGGACUCCAGGAUGACGUACGGCGACGGAAAGUAUGCAGCCAGCUUCCAUGUUCAAACAUUCGAGGGUGUUGAUAGUGAUGCCUACAUAUACUUACAUUCAACCAAUGGGUCACAGAUAGCAAACACCGAAAGCGGAGAUUUGAACUUCGGGUGUUCUCGCUCAAUGUCCAUUCUGCUAAAUUAUAACCCGAGCCUGACCGUCAGCGAAGCAUUUUUGCCGGUAUGUGUCACGGAUUGCUACCCUGGUACACAGGGAAGCAAUUUUAGCUCCAAAGCUAUAGGCGGAAUAUAUAUCAACAAGGAAAACAGGGUGAUAGACGUUGCUGGCGAGUGCAGCGGGAAUGUAGGAGCAGAAUUGGGAGGUGUAGCGCCGGAUGGACAAUAUUGGAGGAUGGUAUUUAACUCACACCAAGCAGAAGCUCCUUUUGGCCAAACUGGUUACGUGACGGGCAAUCAGGACAUCGAGUUUGUCAGUAUCGAUAACACAAGAAAUAUUGAUGGUCCGGUUGUAUGGUUGACCAACACUACCGAUAUACAAGAGUCGGAUGCGGGCAUUGCCAGAUUUAUUGAACCAGCAACAAAUACUGUUAAAUUCUUAGUAGGAUGGGUGGAAGAUGAUGUCUUUUUUAAAUUAGGACUUUAUAGUAGCGACGGAAACUUGACUGAAUCAGAAGGUAUCGAAGAUGUCACGCAAUCAGCAGCCUGGGGGAACCGAGACGAUCCAUUCCGGACAUUGUCCAGCGGUGGUUGUGGUGUGGACUAA